AUGUCAACCAAAACACCAAAACGGUCCUUUUCAGGACCAGCCCUCAUAACGACUUCAAUAAAUAUCGAAGGAUUCUCAAACAAUAUAAGCGACAUCUUACAAGAACUACGCCAAAAAAAUACAUGCGACGUCAUAUGCGUUCAAGAAACACACCGAGACAAGGAAAAUAUCCGUCCGAAGAUAAAGGGAAUGAAGUUGGCAAUAGAGAGACCACAUAAGAAAUACGGCAGUACGAUAUUUGUAAGAGAUAAUCUAAAGAUCCUCUCAACAAGUCAUACAGAAACCAACGACAUAGAAAUCCUCACAAUAGAACUUACAAACUGCACUGUCACAUCAGUAUACAAACCGCCCAAUAUCCCAUUUAAAUUUACAAAGCCAACACAUUUUUAA